GCGCCCGUGAGCCAUCGAGCCCCAUGCAAUGAUGAGACUCCGGAUCUACAGACCUUGAAGAGGACCCUGGGUCCUACCUGGGGUGGGAAAAGCAUCCCCGGGUGCAGCAGGGUCUCCCCAGAGGCGGGGGAGGGGUCUUCUCCCCCCGCCCCUCCCUCGCCUCGCCCCGCCCCUGCACCCAGCGCCGCGAGCUCCUAGCCUCGGGUUUCCCCGGCCAGCGUGCGCGGGCGAGACGGAGGUGGCUCUAGGGGCGGCGGGGGCCGGGCACCCGCAGCCGUCUCCGUCUCCCUCCCCACGCUAACUCUCCCGGCGCCCUCGCCCGCCGCGGGCGGAGCUCGAUCGGCGGCGCUCCAGGAUCCGCCGCUCCCGCCCAGCCCUGUCCCUUCCUUCUCGGAGCCCCCCAGCGGCCGGCGCGGUGCAGCCCAGCCCGGCGCGGCGCGAGCAGCUGCCAACGGGCCAAGGGAUGAGCUGGGGUCAUUCUUUCCAAUGGCAUCUCCCCCUGGUCUGGAACUGAAGACAUUGAGCAAUGGUCCCCAGGUUCCAAGGAGACCGGCCUCACAGGGCCCAGUGGCGCCACCUAGGAUGGGUGUGGAGAAUGCCUGCUUCUUCUCUGAGGAGCAGGAGACUCAUUUCCAGAACCCUGGGGAUGUUAGACUGGGUAGCUCCCCCAGUCCCCCUGGAGGUGUCCCUCCACUGUCCCGGUCCCAGCGGGAUGAUCUUUCUUUGCAUUCAGAGGAGGGACCAGGCCUGGAACCUGUGAGCCGCCCAGUGGACUAUGGCUUUGUUUCUGCUCUGGUUUUCUUGGUGAGCGGAAUCCUCCUGGUGGUGACAGCAUAUGCCAUCCCCCGAGAGGCCCGAGUCAACCCUGACACAGUGACAGCAAGGGAGAUGGAACGCCUAGAGAUGUACUACGCCCGCUUGGGCUCACAUCUGGACAAAUGCAUCAUUGCGGGCCUCGGGCUGCUCACAGUGGGCGGUAUGCUCCUGUCUGUGCUGCUCAUGGUCUCUCUGUGCAAGGGAGAGCUGUACCGCAGGCAGACCUUUGUCCCCGGCAGGGGAUCCAGAAAGACCUACGGCUCCAUCAACCUGCGUAUGAGGCAGCUCACUGGGGACGGAGGCCAGGUCCUAGUAGAGAACGAGGUUGUCCAAGUGUCAGAGACCAGCUAUACCACCCACGGCUCUUAAGUAAGAGUCCACCCUAUUUUGCUACUUUAGCUGCAGAGCUUGGAGGUUCCCAAAACCUGGGGCUUCAAAGUGACAUCCACAGAGGGCAUUGUGGAGGGAGUUUUGGUGCUGGGGUGGGGGCAGCCUGGGGCCUGGCUUAGGCUUCACUCAGGCAAACACUGCUGAUGCGUUUGCAGCUUGAAGUUUUUGCAUAAGGCUUUGUUUGAGGAUGGCUUCUGCUGCUAAAAAUACAUUUUUGGAAACCACUGCUCUUAGAAGAUGAGGUUACUUGGCAUUUCUCAGGGUUGGGAGUGAUGUGAAAGGUGGCCUCCAUUCUUCAUGCCUUGGGGAAUUCUGAGACUUCUACUGUCUUCAUCAGCCAAGUAAGAAUGUUGGGUGACUGACUAUGUAUGGGCGCCUUUCAGAUCUGACCAUAUAGGGUAAGGUAGCUUCAUGAUGAUGGGAAAAGUUGGUUCUGAGAUGAGCCCCCUGCAGCACCCCACUGGUAGAAACAUAACAUUCCCCUCUCCAGAACUCAGUUGCUCAGUCUCUACAGUGAGGAGUAGGAGGAGGCCUCAGCAUGGGCCACAUCUGCCCUGGGAAUACAGGAAGUCAGUCUGCCUCUGGCCUUCCUUCAAGGAAUGAGGGUAUUCGGUAGAGACUGGCCAUUGUCAGUGCCACUUUCUGGCCUAGCAUUGGUGCCAGGGGACAGCAGUCUUAUGACACACCCCAGGUGAGUAGAUUUAGUUAAAUCCAAAAUUUAACACCGUGUGAAUUGGCCUUGGGAGUCUGAUUUCCUACAGUGGCUGAUUUUCUGCAGUGGCACAGUCUCCCCUGGACAUCAGGGUGUGAGGACUCGGUUGUAUUUCUGUGGCGCAUGCUGGGGCCUUAUCACCCUCCCUCCUCAUUGGGCUGUUAUUUGGGACUUACUCUAUUAGCAGAAAACGAUUUCCUUUAAGGCUGAAUUUGUAAUGUCCAGCUGCUCUUCUUGGUAAACUUCAGUUGCCAGUCACCAGGGGAGAAAUAAGGUACACUCAGGUGGCCUGGAUACUCCAGCCAGAUGAUGGAGGAAUUUAGAAUGGCCAGGGGGUCCAUAUGACAGCCUCCUUGCUUGUGCUUAGGGAAAUGACUGAGUUCCUCUGGAGAAGCAGGGUUCUCAUCACCAGGGGAGAAAUAAGGUACACUCAGGUGGCCUGUAUACUCCAGCCAGAUGGGUUGCUGCUGGCAUUCUUUCAUAGGUGAAAUAUUUCCAGGGCCCCUCCAAAUUGUAUUUAAACUUCUGACAAUGGAAGUAGGUGUUAGGGGCCAAGGAGAUAGUGACAGAUAUUUGGGGGAGGCACUGUCCAGUCAAAAUGGUCCCCGAGGACUUCCAGAGCACAUACUGUCUAAUCUAAGGGAAGACUCUAAAAGGAUCAUUUCAUGAGUCCUUGACCUCCUUCGUAGCUGGCUGUAUAAGCUGAGAUCCGGGGGUAGGGUGGGGUGGGGUGGGGUGUCAGAAUAUGGGAUGGCACGUCAGAAUAUGGGAUGGCACAGGAUCCAUAGGCUGGAGAGUUCCUGACUAUGUGGAACACAAACCUUGAGCCCAGGCAGCCUGGACAUUGGGUAGAAUGAUAUCGCAGCUGCUGAGACAGAUCAGAUGUCUGCUCACGCUGGCAGUUUCUGCCUGGAGCAGAGGACUGGGGGAGGGCUGAAGGGGACAGCAUUGUGCAGCCUACCUUUGAGGGUUCUGCUAUGGUGCAGAGAAGGUGUGGCUUAAAAAGAACAAAGCUCAAGAGAGCCAAAGGUCCUAAGCCCAGGGCUUCUUUAGAUAUGCCAGUUUUUCCCAGCUGGAGCAGGGAAAUACUGGACCAAGUGUCAGGAACCAAUCUAGGUGAAUUACAGUAAAAUCAGGCAUUGCCAGUGAUGGCCCCAGCUUCCCAAAUGAUGAUGAUAAUAAGUGCAUCAAUCCAAGCUAUAUGGAAUCCUAUGGCAGUAAGGGGGAGUGUUAGGCUGCAGUACUUGCUGAGAGUAUCUGCCUGGAGCCAUCCAGUUAGAUGAGUUUAAACACAAGGAAAUGUGUUUAGGGACAAAUCUUCUACAAGAUAAGGAACAGCAGUUUUUUUCCAAGCUGGAGCAUCCUGCUUUGCGUUCCUAUAGGAAAACUUCUUUAGAAGCCACAUGUAAGUGGAUCAAGGCAGUCGUCGCCUUGUCCGUUCGCUAAGAAGAUUUGAGAGAUGCUGAAAGCGGUUUCCCAGGAUUGCAGCUGAGCUCUCCCAGCCGGAGGACCAAGGGUUAGGAAGGCACUGGGGAAGCAUGAGGAGUGCUGAGAACUUCCUGUGGGUUUCUUUGGGAUUAGAUGUAGUUGCCCCUGUGGUUGCUGGAACAUGCCUGCUUCACUUCUAAGAACUCCUUUGCCAUCUCAUAGGCCACCGAGCAACCAAAUCUUGCUUUUCUCAUUGUAUCAACAGAUAACGACCUCAGAACUGGUAAGAUCCGGGUUUGAAUAGGAGCCCUGCCACUUGCUGGCUGUGUGGGCAAUCUACCCUACCUCUCUGUCUGAGCGGGCUAACCGGGUCAUACCACAUUUCUAGGGUAAGAAACGUGGUUGGCGUGUAUAAUGGGCAUUCGUGCCUGAAGGAAAGGAUGAAACAAAAGAUUUCUAUUCCUGUCAGGGCAGCUGGUGGCCUGUGCAAGCCCUACAACCCCUGCCCAGUGUCCCAGAGCCCUUGCCUUGGGGUCAGUAUAAAUGACACAGAAGAUCCCACAACCAUAAGUAUGGGUGUGGUUUGUCAGUGGGCUCUGUAGGUGGAACCCCCCUCUCUGGGCCUUCAUUCAGCUUUCCUUUAGGAGUUUUCUUGACAGAGAAAGGUGUCUUUCCAGCCCUGCCAUGACAUAGCCCAGUGAGGACUAGAUCCAGGAGACACUUGCUGGGAGUAGAGGAAUGUGAGUCCUGACUCCUUUUGCUCAUCUGAGGCCCCAGAGUGUGUGGGCCCAGACUUUUGGGCCCAUGACUGUCACUGUCUCUGCUUCCUUGUAUGUAUGACAUGGACUUCCCAGCCAACAGGGAUCGAUGGUUGAGUCCACCAACAUUGCCCCCUUUCUUGGGAAUCGCAUCACCUUCCUAGGGAUUUCCUUGCAAAUGUCUUCCUCCUUACACACACUUCUGUGCACACUCAAAUGUGUGUAUGCACACACAUAUACAUAUUUGUGAAUGAUGCAUUCUGUAUACACCUCUUCAGUGUGCAUGUGUGCGUGCGCACACGCACACACAUACACACACACACACACACACACACACACACACACACACACACACACGAGCAAUGCACCCUGUGUAUACCUCUGUAGCUUUCUCAUUUGACCUUGCUCAGGAGCCAAGGACUCACCCUCUGGCUGAAGAGCUCUAAGCCAGGGCAUCCUCUGGCAAAGCGAUUGUGGUUUCUUGCCCUCUCAGCCACAGACCCCGUGUUGUUAAGCAUGCCGUCCUCCCAGCAAUAGCCCAGUAUGCAUUCCGUCUACAGUUCCCUUCCUGCUUCCUUUCUGGGGGGAUUCCAGAACCAUCGUACUCAGAAAGGGGGCUGAGCUGGGAACUGGGAGAGCCAUGUCGCGCUAGUUAUCACUUCUGUGGGUGUCAGCAAGCAAAGCACGGGACAAAAGAUAGGAGGCUUCAAGAAGCCAGAGGUGAGGGUCUGUUUGAGGGGAAGUAGGAUGCCAGUGGGCCUGAUAUUGGUGGGGAGGUAUCUCCCAUUUGGCAUGCUGGCUUUCUCCUAAUUUCCUCAGGGUCAGACUCAUCUGGGAGAAAGAAGCUUCCUGAGGUGCUGGCUGAACUGGAGUGGUAGCCAGUGCCUGUCAGUGGAGGAAUGCCAACAUUUACUUGCCAGGAGUUAGGUAUCUUUAGAGGUGGAGCAUAAUGGAGUUACUUAGAUUUAGUUGAGGCUUGCCCAAGCUUCCAGAUUGCUCAUUUGAGAGGAACCAAGGUCUUUGUGGGCAGAGUCUGACUUCCUGUCCUGUUCUAGCUUCUUGCCUUUAAGCCCCCGUGCAUCCCCUCACCUAUAUCAUUCCUCUUCCUAAAUUGGUUUGUCCCAAGUGGAUGGUCGGUAUAUGACACCUUCAUAGUUCAGAGGGUGGCACACAGUGCUGGAGCACUGCGCCUACAUGAAUCUCAUAGGAACAAGAGUCAAAACGCGGAAAGUCCAUGGAGGCUGAUUCAUCAGUGUAAGGGCUCAGGUGCUUGGCAGUGGCUCAGGGCUUCCUGGCCCAUUUCUUCUUCUGGAAAGAGGCUGUGCUAGUCACAGUGCCUUCUCGGUAAGACUGGUGAGCAGUAAAUGAUAUGCCCUUAAAGCACUUAGCACAGUGCCUGCAUUUCCCAAUUGCUCAGUAAAUAUCAGCUGUUAUCUCAUUUGUUCACAGUAACCUUCUAUGGUGCAACACAUGUACACAACCCUAGCUGUCUUUUGUAGGAUGGUGUGGCUGUGCUGUAACGUAGAGCACAGUGUGUGUGUGUGUGUGUGCGCGCGCGCGUGCGUGCGUGGGUAUGUGGGGGGGGUAGAUUGAGGGAUACCUGUGUGAUGUGGGAGUCAGGAAGGUUCUUUUGGAAAGGGGGUGCUUAAUGGGAAUCUUAAAUAAGAAGUAUGAUGUGAAGAGUUGGUGGUGGGAACUUCGGGCACAGAGAGAAAGAGAGACAGAAAGACACACACACAGAGAGACAGAGAUAGACAGACAUGUGACCAAGAGGCUCAGGCCCCAGCAGCAGGUGAGAGAUGAGGUAGGCAGGUGGUGUGGGGCCCAGAGUGGGUGCUUUGGCUUUAUCAUCUAAGAGGGACAGAUGCAGGUUCCCAUGAGAAGGCUGUAUGGGUGUGGUAAUGCGGCGACGGGGUCUAUCCUCCCUGUACUUGCAGGCUUGUCUGAAGAGUCUUCCGUAUCAGGUGCACUGUGGCGGCAACACUGCAGCACACCCUGGCCCUCCUUUACAUGGCCCUGGACAUGGCUUUGACUCCGUGCCUCAGCUUGGCAGCCCUUUCCCACUUGAUUCUCCAAGCUUAAGGUGGCAGCUGCUGGUCUCCUGGGCUUAAGGAAAAGCAGAAAGGGAAGAGAGACUCACCCACUCUUCUGGCCCAGGGGAAACAAAGGAACAGGAAAAGAAGGCAGCUGCCAUGCCAACCUCUUCCUGGGAGGUGUGGCAUCUGGGUCAGUGCGGACUCCGGGGCCAAUGGCAUUCAGCAACAUCUAUCUCCACUUCUUUCCUUUCUUCUAGCCUCCUUCCCUUGAUUUCUGUGUCCACAUCUUCUUUCAUUGAAGUUACUUGUCAGAGGUUAGGUGCCCAGAGGUGAGCUGUCACUAUUGCUGACACUCUCCCAGUAGUCUCUAUUCUUUCCCAUCAGAGAUUAAAGCAGGAGCCCAAGUGCAAAUGCCCGCAGAGUUUUGCAAGUAACAUCAAUGAACACAGCGGCUGGUCAUGACAGUGGUGGUAAGAUUAAAGUGGAGUGUCUGCUCUGGCCCUGGCCAGCUGUUGCUUUGUGGUCACCAGAAUCCCAAGUUUUUCAAUUGCAACUGGACAGCUGGACCUUGUGGGUACAAAGAUGCGGUGAGGUGAGCACUGUGGGUGAGGUCAGGGAAAAUAGUCAAUGAGAUGUCAUUUGCUGGGGUCAGAGAUGCUCAACUCCCUUUCCUGGGACUUACUAAGUCACUCAGAAAUGGGUGCCUUCAAGAAGGUGGGCACUUCCUGACUGGAGGCCAGGAAUUACAUAAACCCCACGGUUUCCAUCCGAGAACCCUUGUGCGUCCAUUCAGCAGGUUUGAAUGGCUGCUAUGCCAGUUCUAGAGCUUUAUUUAUAGCUUUCAAGAAAUGAAAGCUCAAGGAAUACCGACUGUUUUCUAAAGUUCAGGUCUAUUUUUAUCUGGAGAAUUUCCAAGAUGAAAAGCCCUGGCUUGAGGAGAUGGUGGUGUCAGGGAUCAGGGAGAGGGCCAGGUCCCUACUCCACUCUGAGAUGCCUGCCUACCUCCAGAACUGGGUUGUCCUGGCUUGGAAAACAGUCUAGCUUAUGAAGUUAGAGGUCUCCCCAGCACCACAGAGGGUGGGUGCUGACCAGGGUGCUGAAUCGACAUGGUGCUUCCAUACAGGCUAGCUAGGAGGAAGGAGAACUGGCCUGUUCUUGUGGCUAAGGACCCGGUGACUGUUUUGGUCCACACUGAGCAGGGAAGCCUUGGGUGUUAAGACAGAGUUUUUGUGCUCUGUGAUGCCGGGGAAAUCUUUCUCAUGCAUCUGAUGUGGACUAGCUUUUUCGUUUGUUCACUGCAGAGUAGCUUCUAUACUGCCAACCCCAGAGGACCAAAGUGAGCAGCAGCAGGGGCUAUGUGGCAAGGCCCAGCAGAUCCCACAUCCAGCCUUGAGACCCAGAACAACCCCUUAGCACACCCUCAAAGGAGCUUACUGGACCUGUCUCCUGUAGAGUGGAGGUUGUGCCAGGUGGUAUCCGAUGCCCCCCUCUAACCUGGGUUCUGCUAGUGCUCCGGAACAUGAGAAACACCCAGAAAACAGUCUGUUUCAGUCUGUGCCCAUCCUUGGGAUUAGGUAGAAUUUCUUUCUCAGACAGGUCUUGACUUUUUUCAGAUUCUGGGAUCUGGAUUCUGGGAUCUGGGAUCAUGCCUGGUGACCAUGCUCAUGUGAAGUUUGGGUGUAGCUCUACUGAAAAGUUUUAGAGCUGGGCUGAUUUAGUUCAGCCACCCCUCAGGGGUAUGUCCAUGACUAAUGCCCCUUAUCUUCACCUCAGGUUGUAGUAAGCACAGUCUGGCAUAGGAAGCUGUGCAUACAGUGGGUACCAGGUAAACAUUUGUCUCCUUCACUGGUUUGGCCCAGAGUUCCUCUCCUUUGUCUUUGAGCUCCAUUCUUACCAAUAUAACUUCCAUGACAGCUGCUGACCCCCACUACCUUUGAUAAGAGACAUUUAGUGAGACUCUCCAGUAACCACAAAGGCAGGGGUAACACCAUUUCACAGAUGAGAAAGGCCGUACCAAUAAUGGGCUGGAGACAUUUCCACACUUGGUUUCUGUCAAACUACCAGACCUUCCUAACCCUCUAAGGUUUAGAAGUGAGGCUGAAUGAUUAAUGAACUGAAGAUAAUGUUAUCUCACAAGAGCACCCAAAUGUUUAAAGACAUUUAUGAAAUAAACAUGCUUGAAUGAU